AUGGUUCGUACCAAGCAAACCGCUCGUAAAUCUACUGGUGGCAAGGCCCCACGAAAGCAGCUGGCUAUCAAGGCUGCUAGCAAGUCAGCACCGGUUACCGGUGGUGUAAAGAAGUUCAUCGUUACCGUCCAGGUAAAGUCGCUCUUCGUGAGAAUCCGUCGUUACCAGAAGUCGACCGAGCUGCUCAUCCGCAAAUUGCCGUUCCAGCGCCUGGUCCGUGAAAUCGCUCAGGAUUUCAAGACCGAUCUGCGUUUCCAAUCGUCGGCUGUGAUGGCUCUCCAAGAGGCCUCGGAGGCAUACCUCGUCGGUCUCAUUCGAAGAUACCAACUUGUGCGCUAUCCACGCCAAGCGUGUCACCAUCAUGCCCAAGGACAUCCAGCUUUCUCGCCGUAUCCGUGGUGA